AUGGCGUCACAGCAAGAUCUCCAAGAGCUCCUGAGGGUUAUCACCUCCCGGAAAGGAGUAUCGAUGAUGGUCGCCAUGGGCCAGGUGAAGGCCCUACAGGCCGUAGGCCUUCGAAGCAUACAGCAGAUAAAUGAGGCUCCCUUUGACCUAGUGGAGCGUGCCUUAGGAGAUGCCAAGACGGCCAGAUCUCUUCUCACAGCUUUCAAGACGCAUUCGAAACGUCCAAGUACUAAAAGAGCCGGGGACUCGCUCAACAACGCCAGCGAUAAACGUGCUAAGCAACAGCAUAACAGCAGUGAUUCUGAGGCUGCGGGUAUAGGUGUAAAGGAGCAGGAGGACGCUUUAGCCCUUCCUGUCGUCACGAACGAAGAGGAGAUGGCAGAGGCGUCUAUCUAUACAAAUCGGGCACCUCUAAUGUUGGCCUUCGUUCUCGAACUUCUUCGUUACACGAUGCCUGUGCAGCCUUUAUCGAGCCGCCUCAGUCUAGCCCAGGCUGUCACUAGCGCAAAUGCCAGGACCAAGGCUGUCGGAAUUGGGCUGGCUAGGGCUUCUGGCGAGGACGGUUCGUGGAGCGAAGGGCAACCAAAAGUCAACAUCAUGGGCCGGACGAUAGCCGUCCUCAAGAGGGGUGAAUAUAAGUUGGAGACCGACGAGACGGUGGUCCCGGUAAGGUCUGAUGGCACUCCGGGCACCGUACCCCGGGUGACAUCGGGCCCAUCAGGCGUGACGCUGCAAGGGCGUGGCAACGCCGCUUCGACGACAUUGCCGUGGUCCACUAGUCGUCAGAUCACGUUCAAGUCCUCGACGUUUGUUGCGCGAGUUACGAGUGUUGAGGAUAGUGGACAGGUGUCUGCUCUUGUCCACUCACUGCUCUUGUCCGAGCCACAUCUACAGACGGCAACACAUAACGCUUGGGCAUACCGAGUGCCGAAGCAGGGCAGAGUGGCGGGGAUGGGGGAAGUGCACGAGGCGUGUGAGGACGAUGGAGAAACUGGUUGCGGCGAGUUCAUCCUACGGUUAAUGAGAGAAGCCGGCGUCGUUGACGUCGUAGUCGUGCUGAGCAGGUGGUUUGGGGGCGAGAUGUUAGGCCCAGAUCGCUGGAGACUCAUGAGGAAUGUCGUUACGGAGGCGCUCUCCCAAAGACUACGUGUUCCCCAAAGCGAGGUCGGGUGUGACGACGUAGCUCUCUGGGCACUUGGCUUCCAGAGUACUAACGAUAGACCGGGCGAGAGCGGCAGCGCGCGAACCCCAAACGAUUGGAACCACGACGUCGUCGGGGCUUCAAUAUAUCGCCCGGAAUCGGCUCGAAUGUAUCUGCUUAAGAGCUUUUCCUCUGACCAUUAUGAUAACAGCGCAACAAGAGGGGGCGGCGAGGGCGGUCUAGAAGGAAAUACAUCGAGGGCCAAGGGAAAGAAGCUCAGCAAGCCGGAGGCUGAAGCCGAGAGACUCCGAAACUUGGGCUUGCUCCUGGGGGCUCUCAGGUUACUAUUUGAAAGCUGGAGCAACCUAACGCCUCUCGAGAUGGACCGAAGAGCAUUUUCAUGGUACGCCACAAUAAGGCCACACGUAGAGCAGGGAAUGGCAGGAUGGGGUGCGAAAGGUUGGUUGAAGCUCAGUGACAUUCUUCAGUUACGUCGGAACUCCGAGGGUAAAGAGAAGUAG